AUGCAUCCCAAGGCUCGCAUCCACGCGGACCCGGCGGCUCCGGAGCUAGACCGGAUCGACUGCCUGCCGGACUCGCUCGUCCUGCUCAUCCUCAACAAGCUGGAGGACGUGCACUCGCUCGGCCGCUGCGCCGCCGUGUCCAAGCGCUUCAACGACCUGGUCCCGCUCGUCCACGACGUGUACGUCAAGAUCGACCGCGUCGUCGCCGUGGACGGCGACCCCGACGACGCGCUCAACCUGUCGUCCGCCAAGCCCCGGCACAUCUUCUCCCACCUCUUCAAGCUCAUGCUCUUCACCAUCGCCAAGCCGUUUCACGGCAUGCGCGGCCCGGGCGGCGCGGGCGGCAGGCCUCUGUUCCCGCGGCUCGCGCAGCACUCGCCCGUGCAGGUGCUGAGGGGCUUCUCCCACGUCCGGAACCUCCGGGUGGAGCUCCCCUCGGGGGACGUCGGGACGGAGGAGGGCGUCCUGCUCAAGUGGCGGGCCAGGUAUGGCAGCACGCUCCAGAGCUGCGUGAUCCUUGGCGGCACCCUGGUCGACCGCAAGCCCGCCGGGCACGAGCCGUCGGCGGAGGACGGCGGGAGCAUGCCGGAGUCCUUCUACACCAACGGCGGGCUGAAGCUCCGCGUGGUGUGGACCAUCAGCUCCCUGAUCGCCGCGUCGACGCGGCACUACCUCCUCCGGUCGAUCAUCAAGGAGCAUCCGACGCUGCGAAGCCUGGUGUUGGCGGACGCCGACGGGCAGGGGACGCUGUGCAUGGGGGCGGAGCAGCUGGCGGAGUUCAGGGAGAACCGGCUGUCGGCCUCGGCGUGCUCCAACAGGACGCAGGUCCCGGCGUGCAGCAUGAAGCUCAAGUACGCGCCGUACCUCGAGCUGCCCGGCGGCCUGGGGCUGCAGGGCGCGACCCUGGUCGUCAUCAAGCCCUCCGGCGAUGGGGCUGGUGGCUGUCACGUUGGCCGGAAGGAGACUGAUGCUUUUGUCUCGGGCGCGUUCGAUGGGCCUUUCAGGUUCGCGGCCAAGGCGCUGAUGAAGCGGCGCACCUAUCUGCUGGAGAUGAACGGGUUCUAG